UUUCAUAGUGAAUUGCUCCGUGCAGAGAUGACCACUGUCACCGUCCCACACACGACUGCAGCAGGUCAGCACAAAGUUUGUUUGGAUUGGAUGAGACAGCUUUCACUCCACUGUCACCGCUCCUUCUCACCGCGCUGACGUGAAGAAACAAUGACACACUCUGAACCAAGCAACAAGAAAAACCCUCCACAACCCCAUGCAGGUGCUGCGGUCGAGAUGUGAGACGGGGUCAUGCCUCUGGUCAAGAGAAACAUCAAGCCCCGACACCUGUGCCACGGUGCCGUGCCCGAGGGAAUUGGCAGUGAGCUGGAAUGUGUAACCAACAACACCCUCUCCGCCAUCAUCCGCCAACUGAGCAGUCUGAGUAAACAUGCAGAAAAUGUCUUCGGGGAACUUUUCAAUGAAGCCAACACCUUCUACGUGCGUGCAAACUCCCUGCAGGACCGCAUUGACCGCCUGGCCGUCAAAGUUACCCAGCUGGACUCCAGUGUGGAGGAGGUCUCUCUCCAGGACAUAAACAUGAGGAAGGCGUUCAAAAGCUCUGCGGCCCAGGAUCAGCAGGUUUUGUCCAAGGGCAGCACGCCGAGCUCUGUGGGCGACAUGUACAACAGCAGCGACAGGCCUCCUCCGCUCAGCACCCUCACUGCUUACAGAGAGGAUUCCACUGACGCCAUGAAGUUCUACUCAGACCCACUGUACUUUUUUGACCUGUGGAAGGAGAAAAUGCUGCAGGACACUGAGCACAAGAGGAAAGAAAGGAGGAGGCAAAGGGAGCAGAAGCGAUGUGUGGAAUGCAGCACCCUUCAACGUGAGGUGAAGAAGGUGAGAAAGGCUCGGAACCGCAGGCAAGAGUGGAACAUGAUGGCAUUCGAUAAAGAGCUUCGUCCGGACCACCGCCAUCCACAGACCCUACGGCGGGGGGCGUCAUCUGAGGGCUCCCUCUCCCCAGACGGCAGGCCUGACCUCCCCGACUACCCCGUCCCUCCGCUGCCUGCCCACGCCGCUUGUAACUAUGCCAAGUCUCACGAUUACGUCCCCGGGAAUGCACAGCCCUCACCACCUGCGGAGCAUGAAUACCACAGCAUUGAUGUCAACUACAAGAGAGUAACCUAUGCCACGCCAGAGCCUCGCACCGCGGACCGCACCAACGGCUCAAUACGUCCACCCGCAGAUUACAACUGUGCCCCUCCACCUCCUGCCUCGGGUGGCCCACCCAUCCCAUCGGCAUCAACAGCCUUUGGUUUUCCUCUGGGUGCACUGCCGCCACAUAAUGGAGUUCCACAUGUAGGCCCAGGCUUCCCGCCUGUGCCUGCUUCGGGGCCUCGCAUCCCGCCUCCCCCAGGUCCACCGCCUCUCCCUCCCCCGGCUGCACUCUCACACCUCCCGGGACACAGCAAAGGCGGCAGAGCUGAGGCUAAACCGGUGAGGGAUGCCAGAAGUGACCUGCUGUCCGCCAUUCGCAUGGGCAUCCAGCUGAAGAAAGUCCAAGAGCAGCAGGAGCAGCAGAACAAGCGGGAGCCCGUUGGGAACGACGUGGCCACCAUCUUGUCCCGACGCAUCGCUGUGGAGUACAGCGACUCAGAAGACGACUCCGAGCUGGACGAAAACGAGUGGUCAGACUGACACAUAGGGACCUCCAGUGUCCAGUGUAAAUGAAUCGACAGCGUGAAUCCAUUUCUUUGGCUACGUCCACUGGACUCGUGCAUGGCCACUGCUGCGAGAGGAAAACUAAGAGAAGAACACUUUGAAAACAGUUUGCAGAAACAGAUUAAUUGUAGUAAAAAUAAAUGUUUCGUUCGCUACCACCGAUGAAACGUCCUUAAUUAUAAGUUGUGCUUUUCCUACAAUGACAAGUCAAAGUGUCGUCUGUGAAAAUGCCUGUUGUUUUUCAUGAAUCAUUUUUGUGAAAUCACACAUUCCUUAUAAUGUGGUGGACCACCUGCACCCUCCCUUCAUUAUUUGAGUGUUUGAUGAAUAUUUUGUAAUUGCUACCUCAAUUUGUGACAUUUCCCUAACCCACAAAAUGUGAACUACGAAUUGUUGAUCUGCCAUUAAAUCAUUUGUGGUGAUGUGUCUUUGUAAAA